CUUACUGUGAGCUUUGUGGCGUUUGAAGUUUAACUUAACCUAUGAUUUUUCUUUUGUUUGUCUAAGCAAUUGUGUACUUGUUUUUGCGAUUGUUUUAAAUAAUAAUCGCAAUGUCUUCACAUAUUAUGUGUGUAACAUCAGGAGGAGGUCUACCGAUAUUCGCAAGACACAAAGGAUCAGGCGAAAAUUUACCAUUUAGUACAGUUGGUUCAUUAAAUGGAGUGCAUAUGUUUGGGAAAACACAAAAACUUGAAUUAUUGAAUACUACAAGUGAGGAUCAUGUAAUCACAUGGAAAGAAUAUUAUGAUAGUUUGGUAUUUAUUGGGAUAAGUACUGGUUGUACAAUAUCAGUAUUAAGAAAAGCAAUUGAGUGUGCAAUGCAAGCAAUCAUUUUGAUUGUUGGUAUUGAUGAAGUGAAAAGUCAAAGAAACAUUGAUAGACUGAAAAGGGAAUUAAGGGUUUGCUACCCCUUGAUUGAUAGAAUUCUUGAUUCUAUUGACUCUGGUGAUAAUCAAAAUCAACAUCCUUCAGAUUUAAUUGACUUGGUGGAAGUAAUAAUGACACCAGAAAAUCAUUUGAUACAGAUUGUAUUAGAUUCAUAUACUGAAUGUGUUGAUUCUGUGUAUUGUUGUGUGUUGAUUAAUGGUAAGAUUGCUGCUGCCACUGAAGACUGGUGGAGUUUGCAUCCAAUUGAACUUAAAUUGCUUGCAAAUUUGGCUACUAUUGAAAAUACUAUGACAUCAAAAGACAUUCCUGUGUUUUUACCUUACAAAAGUCCAAAUGUUGCAUUUCGAUUCGUUGCGGUUACGAUAAGUCCCGACAUUCAAGUAUGCAACCUGUGUGGCCCUACUCCAGCGUUAGAAGACAUUGAGCAUUCUGCCGCGCAAUGUUUCAAGUCGAAUCUGGACGUGCUUGAAGCUGCAGCUGAGUGUCAUCCCCGUAAUUUUCCAGAUUCGCCGGAUUGGGUCCUCGACUCUAAUAUAUUAGGUUUGCUGAUGAUCAAUGUAAAGUUUGGUAAGUUCAUGAUGUCAAAACUGGUUCCACAAGCGUCAAAAAAGUCGGCGUCAUCGCAUCGUCUUGAUAUUCUCCGCACAUUUUACUACCAAACAAUUUCUGAUCAUUUCCUUGCGAACGCCAAUACGGAAUCGGUAAAAGAUAAUCAGUUAACGCAGACUGAAGCCACUGAAACUUAUUGGUGUUCGGAAUAUCACAAAUGUCACGCGCUCAAAUCAAACGACAUUAUUCUCUGCGUACUUUACAAUUCCAACGUUCUCAUUCCUAUGAUGCGUUCACUAACGCAAAAUACACUGAAAGUAUUCUUGGGUAGUGAUAAACAAACUUGUUUUUAAGAUAAGACUUAGUUUUGAUAAAAGAUUUUUACUGA